UCACGAGUUCCGCGAGCGCGGCCCCGCGGGCUCAGCGGCCGCGCGGGCCUCUCUCCGCCGGGCGCGCGGCCAUGGCGCGGAAGUGGAGCCUUCCUCUGCUCCUAGUGCAGCUCCUGCUCGGCCCAGGCCUCGCGCGCAGUUCCAGCCCUCUGCCCCUGGUCCUCAACACUUGGCCCUUUAGGAACGCGACCGAAGCAGCGUGGAGGACGUUAGCAUCUGGAGGCUCUCCCUUGGAUGCAGUUGAGCAGGGCUGUGCUGUGUGUGAGAGGGAACAGUGUGACGGUACCGUGGGCUUUGGAGGGAGUCCUGAUGAACUUGGAGAGACCACACUGGAUGCCAUGAUCAUGGACGGCACUACAAUGAACGUAGGAGCAGUGGGAGGUCUCAGACGAAUUAAAAACGCUAUUGGUGUGGCACGGAAAGUUCUGGAACAUACAGCACACACGCUUUUAGUGGGAGAGUCAGCCACCAAGUUUGCUGAGAGUAUGGGCUUUAUCAGUGAGGAUUUAUCUACCAAUACUUCCCGAGCCCUUCAUUCAGAUUGGCUUGCUCGGAAUUGCCAGCCAAAUUACUGGAGGAAUGUUGUGCCAGAUGCUUCAAAAUACUGUGGACCUUACAAACCACCUAGUGUCUUAAAGCAAGAUGGUCCUACCUAUAAAGAAACAGGAGAUAAUUACAGUCAUGAUACAAUUGGCAUGGUUGUAGUCCAUAAGAUGGGGCGUACUGCUGCUGGUACAUCUACAAAUGGUAUAAAAUUCAAAAUACAUGGUCGAGUCGGAGAUUCACCGAUACCUGGAGCUGGUGCCUAUGCCGAUGAUACCGCAGGAGCAGCCGCGGCCACUGGGGAUGGGGACAUCCUGAUGCGCUUUCUACCAAGCUACCAGGCUGUAGAGUAUAUGAGAGGAGGAGAAGAUCCGACCGUAGCUUGCCGGAAAGUGGUUUCAAGAAUUCAGAAGUAUUUUCCAAACUUCUUUGGGGCUGUGAUAUGUGCCAACGUGACCGGAAGUUAUGGUGCCGCUUGCGGUAAACUUGCAACCUUUACUCAGUUUAGUUUCAUGGUUUAUAAUUCUCUAAAAACUCAGCCGAGUGAAGAAAAAGUAGACUGCACCUAAUCCUUCUCGUCUGUCAACAUCUCUGUUUAAAGAAGAAAGAAACAAAGGCUGAAGAGGUCGCGCACCGUCCUCAGCUCACGUGCCUCUGUAUCCUACCUUCUCUGUGUAAGAGAAGCGCAAAAAUACACGUGCGCUGAAUUAGCACUUGCGGUUUCUACAUCGGAAACGUUUUUGAUGAUCUUUUUAUCUAAGCUUUGUAUAUGCCCUGAACAUGAAUGUGUGUGUGUGUGUGUGUGUGUGUGUGUGUGUGUGUAUUUUCUGUAUGUUUAAAUUUUAAGUGAUACUUGGAUCUCUGCUCAGUGUUUCAAGACAUUGCAACUUUGGGGAUUAAUUUCCAUAGUGACAUAUUGAGGCCAAAAGGACUAAUGGGUGUUUGGAUACUUACAGUAAUUAGAAUACCCAAGGUUUUAGACCCUAAGAACAACCUAACAAUGAAUCACAGCAUGAUUAGUCCUGAUUCACUUUCAUUACCUUACAGUGAUGGGUCUCUUAUCACUGAUUAUCAGUUUUACAUAAUGCUCCCUACUGACUGGAAGAGGAAACAAUGCUGUUAAUAAUAAAGUUGAUUUUUGCAUGUAUUUGAAAAUAUUGGGCAGUCUUCUGAUGAGCAACUGUGUUAAUUUUUUUUCUUUUUCUUUUCCUUUCCCCCCUCUGAUGGAGUUCUUAGCGUGUGAAGUUUUUUCUCCAGAAAAAUCUCUGAUCUUUUAGCUACUGAUAUCUAGUAUGAUAAUUUGUUCUGAAAAUGUUUUCUGGCACUUGAUUGAUACUAUGGUGUUACGAAUCUCAUGUGUAGAGGUUGGUGAUGGCACUUAGAAACAGGCAGUGGAGCGCCUGGGUAUCUCGGAUGGGCAUCUGACUGUGACUCAGGUCAUCAUCUCACAGUUCGUGAGUUCGAACCCCACGUCGGGCUCUCUGCUGACAGCUCAGAGCCUGGAGCCUGCUUCGGAUUCAGUGUCUCCCUCUCUUGCUACCCCUCCCCUGCUUGCUCUCUCUCUCUCAAAAAUAAACAACAACAAAAGAAAUAGGCACUAAAAUGGCGUCUAGCUUGGUAUUGUUUUCGUCAGCAUUCAGUCAACUAUCUGACAACAAGAGAGGUGCACAUGUGCCUUUCUAGCAUCAUCUUUUCCUUCAAAAUCAUCAUCUUUUACAUUGGGAGUCAUUCUUAAACCUGUAUGUACAAUAUUCUUCUCAAAGCGUAGUAUAUCUGCUCUGAUCUUUUUCUGCACUCAUCGUAAUAUGCAGUGUUCUUUAUAACUUACUUAGGGCUAGAAACCUAUAGUUUUCAGAAUGCUUUCAGGUCACUUGUUCUCAGACCUGGCCUGUAUAAUUGCCUGGAGAACCUCUUCACAAACACCCUCAGCUCGAACUGUGAGAACCUAACAGCAUCUUGAACCGAUCUGCCUUGAGGACCUGUGUGUGACCUGAAGACUUCUGGAACACAGCCCCAGCACCCCCCUCCCCCGCCAACACACACACACACACACACACACACACACACACACACUUUUUUUUUUGUAUAGUCACACCUUAAAGUACAUCCUUGGGG